AGAGGGGGCCUCGAGGGACCGGAAGUGCCUAAUGCGGACCAAGAUGGCGGACCUUGAUUCGCCUCCGAAGUUAUCAGGGGUGCAGCCGCCGUCUGAGGGGGUGGGAGGUGGCCGCUGCUCCGAAAUCUCCGCUGAGCUCAUUCGCUCCUUGACAGAGCUGCAGGAGCUGGAGGCUGUAUACGAACGGCUCUGCGGCGAGGAGAAAGUGGUGGAGAGAGAGCUGGAUGCUCUUUUGGAACAGCAAAACAGCAUUGAAAGUAAGAUGGUCACUCUCCACCGAAUGGGUCCUAACCUGCAGCUGAUUGAGGGAGACGCAAAGCAGCUGGCUGGAAUGAUCACCUUUACCUGCAACCUGGCUGAGAAUGUGUCCAGCAAAGUUCGUCAGCUUGACCUGGCAAAGAACCGCCUCUAUCAGGCCAUUCAGAGAGCUGAUGACAUCUUGGACCUGAAGUUCUGCAUGGAUGGAGUUCAGACUGCUUUGAGGAAUGAAGAUUAUGAGCAGGCUGCAGCCCACAUUCAUCGCUACUUGUGCCUGGACAAGUCAGUCAUUGAGCUCAGCCGACAGGGCAAAGAGGGGAGCAUGAUUGAUGCCAACCUGAAAUUGCUGCAGGAAGCUGAGCAACGUCUCAAAGCCAUUGUGGCAGAGAAGUUUGCCAUUGCCACCAAGGAAGGUGAUCUGCCCCAGGUGGAGCGCUUCUUCAAGAUAUUCCCACUGCUGGGUCUGCAUGAGGAGGGAUUAAGAAAGUUCUCAGAAUACCUUUGCAAGCAGGUGGCCAGUAAAGCUGAGGAGAAUCUGCUCAUGGUGCUGGGGACAGACAUGAGUGAUCGGAGAGCUGCAGUCAUCUUUGCAGAUACACUUACUCUUCUGUUUGAAGGGAUUGCCCGCAUUGUGGAGACACACCAACCAAUAGUGGAGACCUAUUAUGGGCCAGGGAGACUGUAUACCCUGAUCAAAUAUCUGCAGGUGGAAUGUGACAGACAGGUGGAGAAGGUGGUAGACAAGUUCAUCAAGCAAAGGGACUACCACCAGCAGUUCCGGCAUGUUCAGAACAACUUGAUGAGAAAUUCUACAACAGAAAAAAUCGAACCAAGAGAACUGGACCCCAUCCUGACUGAGGUCACCCUGAUGAAUGCCCGCAGCGAGCUCUACUUACGCUUCCUCAGGAAGAGGAUUAGCUCUGAUUUUGAGGUGGGGGACUCCAUGGCCUCGGAAGAAGUGAAGCAAGAGCACCAGAAGUGUCUGGACAAACUCCUCAAUAACUGCCUUUUGAGCUGUACCAUGCAGGAGCUAAUUGGCUUAUAUGUUACCAUGGAGGAGUACUUCAUGAGGGAGACUGUCAAUAAGGCUGUGGCUCUGGACACCUAUGAGAAAGGCCAGUUGACAUCCAGCAUGGUGGAUGAUGUCUUCUACAUUGUUAAGAAGUGCAUUGGACGGGCUCUGUCCAGCUCCAGCAUUGACUGUCUCUGUGCCAUGAUCAACCUCGCCACCACAGAGCUGGAGUCUGACUUCAGGGAUGUUCUGUGUAACAAGCUGCGGAUGGGCUUCCCGGCCACUACCUUCCAGGACAUCCAGCGCGGGGUGACAAGUGCCGUGAACAUCAUGCACAGCAGCCUCCAGCAAGGCAAAUUUGACACAAAAGGCAUCGAGAGUACUGACGAGGCGAAGCUGUCCUUCCUGGUGACUCUGAACAACGUGGAAGUCUGCAGUGAAAACAUCUCCACUCUGAAGAAGACACUGGAGAGUGAUUGCACCAAGCUCUUCAGCCAGGGCAUUGGAGGGGAGCAGGCUCAGGCCAAGUUUGACAGCUGCCUUUCUGACUUGGCCGCCGUGUCCAACAAAUUCCGAGACCUCUUGCAGGAAGGGCUGACGGAGCUCAACAGCACAGCCAUCAAGCCACAGGUGCAGCCUUGGAUCAACAGCUUUUUCUCCGUCUCCCACAACAUCGAAGAGGAAGAAUUCAAUGACUAUGAAGCCAAUGACCCUUGGGUACAACAGUUCAUUCUUAACCUGGAGCAGCAAAUGGCGGAGUUCAAGGCCAGCCUGUCCCCGGUCAUCUACGACAGCCUAACCGGCCUCAUGACCAGCCUUGUUGCCGUCGAGUUGGAGAAAGUGGUGCUGAAAUCCACCUUUAACCGGCUGGGCGGUCUGCAGUUUGACAAAGAGCUGAGGUCACUCAUUGCCUACCUUACCACGGUGACCACCUGGACCAUCCGAGACAAGUUUGCCCGGCUCUCCCAGAUGGCCACCAUCCUCAAUCUGGAGCGGGUGACCGAGAUCCUCGAUUACUGGGGACCCAACUCCGGCCCAUUGACGUGGCGCCUCACCCCUGCUGAAGUGCGCCAGGUGCUGGCCCUGCGCAUAGACUUCCGCAGUGAAGAUAUCAAGAGGCUGCGCCUGUAGCUGCCUGGGUGAACACACCUGGCUCAUCACUUCCGGGCCUGUUCCCGAAGGGGCCCCAGCGAAGGAGCUGAGCGAGACUGUCUGACUUGGGGGAGAUCUGACAGCCCAGACCUUUCUACAGCUGGCAGCAGAGAAACAAGGUCUGGACCCCCUCCAUGCUCUGCCCUCAGGCCUGGCCAGGUGAUGCUCUGGGGGCAGUGUCUCCCCACCAAGAGAAGCGGGUUCCUAAUGAGGUAUGAAAGCCACAGCAGGCAGUGGGCAGCCCAGGCCAGCUUUCUGCGUGGAUGGUCAGUCUCUUGCCCUCAAACACUACAGCAAACAAGCUACCCUGCCAGCCCUAGACAACUUGGGUACAUCUGGGGACCUAGCAGUUAGGCUUGAUUUCGAGGAAAGGCUGUGAUGUUUAUGAUCCUUGAAUAAAGCUACCCCUUGGAGAGA